AUGUGGGUCACCUGGGAGUCUAUUGACGUCAGUUCUGCAAGCUGGCUUGUGACAAUUAUGUUUGAAUACGAUCGCAUAACUUUGAAUGUAGCUGAACACAUAAGCCAAAGUCGAUUAACAACAGCAGAAAGCUCUCCAAGACAAAUUUUCGAUUCUAUGAGGCGAUACAGUGGGAGCAGUUUUUCACCGUCUGGCUCUGACGGAUUCGACUGCGGCGCAAGCUCUGGUUAUGGUAGCCCAGGUUGGGGUAAUACACCGUUGUCAAGUCCAGCACCACAAACGCUUCUUCCAUUGAAUGUGCAAAAAGCCCUGAACGACCAUGGCUUUUUCGAUGAAAAUGAAAACAACAACGUUUCUCUUGGUCCAACAAUAAUAGACGAAACAUACGCUCAAAAACCGAAGGAGAAUGAUGAAAAUAUGCCAUCCCAUGCUGCUUAUGCGGACGGUUUCUCUAACGAUGAAAUCGCCCAGUUCACGCAGUUGUUAUGCUCACCGAAGAAGGCUCCGCCCUCAAAAUACCAGUGUCAUAUUUGUUAUCGAAGUGGUCAUUAUAUUUCGGAUUGUCCAAUGCGUUUCAACAGUCCGUAUGAAGAGCUGACGCCUUAUCAAGGGCGGAAAAAGUGUUACGGCGAAUUUCAAUGUCAACAGUGCAAGAGAAAGUGGACAAGCCAAAAUUCGGUUGCAAAUGAGGCACAGAGCUGUAUCAAGUGCCAUAUUCCUGUGUUUCCUCACAAGCAACUGCCAGUUGAUAAAGCUGUUGCUAUGGGCUUGGUGAAAGCGCAACGUGUUGUGCCAUCAAAGAUUGCUCCAAUAGGGCACGGUCGUCCUCCAUUCAACACAAAUCGACAGUAG